AUGUGCGACGUUGUAUCUGAAGAAUUGACGAAGAGAGAAUGGUUCGUGACGGGGAACGUUCCAUUUGAACUCUUCAGCUCUGAUUUCACCUUCAAGGACCCCGAUGUCCAGCUCUCUGGGAUCGACAACUACGCACGGGGUGUGCGACGACUUUUUGAUCAAGCGACGUCGCGUGCUGAGAUCAUCGCAUGCCGUCUCAACGCGACUGUUCCCAACACUAUCACAAUUGUGUGGCGACUAGAGGGGAAGGUGAACGUCGGGCUGGGGUUGCGGAUCAAACCGUAUGUGGUCUUCACUGACUUGCGCGUGUCUCCCUCCAACGGGCUCAUCGAGUACCAGGAAGACAGGUUCUCUCUGCCUGGCUGGGACAUCUUCUUGUGA